AUGGACGACGCAGACGAAACCAUGACGACCUCAACCUCCUCCACACCCUCUCAACUCCAGGACACCACUGUCGCCGAUGACGAGGUCUUUGAUCGUGAAAUGCAGCCCGCACAUCCUCAUCUUCGCCCGGGAGAUUCCAACCGUGCUGUAACGCCCGCAAACGACCACCUCAACGCUGCCGCUCCAGGGGAACUCUCACCGCCUCGAAUCCAACCCACCCAAGCCGAAUACACUGCCGCUCUACUUCCAGAUCCUGCACCCACCUCAGCGGCAAUGGCGAACGGCACGGCAGUACGUAGCUCGGCUAGGCUCGCGAACGCGAACGCGAACACGAGCACGCAACCUAAGUCGGGGGGAGCAGGGGACACGGCAGCCUUCCCCGCAUUAGCUGCUAAUGAGAAGGACAUUGCUAAUCAGCCUGGUGGGGGGUGGAAGAACAAGAAGGCGCAGGAAGACAUGCACCGUGCUUGGGACAAUAUUGUCGAUCGGGACGUCAGCCUCAAGGAGUAUGGAGAUGUCAUGAUGCAAGGCAAGGCGCAGAGGGCCGGCGUAUAG